AGGAGAAAGGCUAUUGAGAAAAAGAGAGAUGGAGAAUGCUUUGUCGCCGUCGCUGUCACCGUCGCCGGCAAGUGAAGUCGCUGCGAGAGUAUCUUCUCUGUUCGUUUAUCCGAUCAAAUCAUGUAGAGGAAUAGCUUUGUCUCAGGCAGCUCUCACUCCCACUGGAUUCCGAUGGGAUCGAAACUGGUUGAUUGUGAACGAUAAAGGGAGAGGAUUGACUCAAAGAGUGGAACCAAAGCUUUCAUUGAUUGAAGUGGAAAUGCCUAAACAGGCGUUUGCAGAGGAUUGGGAGCCUGAGUGGAGCUCUAAUAUGGUGGUCAGAGCUCCUGGUAUGGAUGCCCUUAAGGUCUCCCUAGCUAAACCUACCAAAAUAGCAUGUGGUGUCUCAGUUUGGGAGUGGUCUGGCUCUGCACUAGAUGAAGGAGAAGAAGCAUCUCAGUGGUUUACAAAUUUUGUUGGGAAGCCUUGCCGACUUGUUCGUUUUGAUUCAGCCUCUCAGACUAGGCCUGUGGACCCAAAUUAUGCUCCAGGUCACAUUGCGAUGUUCUCAGAUAUGUAUUCAUUCUUGCUUAUAUCACAGGGUUCGCUUGAUUCCCUGAAUAAGCUUCUCAAGGAGCCUGUACCGAUCAACCGAUUUAGACCCAACAUCUUUGUUGAUGGAUGUGAACCAUUUGCUGAAGACUUAUGGACAGAGAUCCUUAUUAAUGAUUUCACCUUUCACGGUGUGAAAUUAUGCUCCCGUUGCAAGGUACCUACGAUUAAUCAAGAAACUGGGAUUGGAGGUCAAGAGCCGAUUGAGACAUUGAAAAAUUUCAGGUCAGACAAAGUUUUACAGCCAAAGAGGAAACCACAGGGAAAGAUAUACUUUGGGCAGAACAUGGUUUGGAAAGAUCGACUCGGUGGUGGAAUUGGGAAAACUAUUGAAAUUGGUGAUUCCGUUGUUGUCCUUGGUAAACUCUCCUCUCCUGCUGAAGCAGCAACUUGAUCCAAGAAACUUGCAGCUUGUUCUGUUUAUGAAUCUUUCUCUCGUAUCUUGCUUUUAUCACAAGUACAUAUUUAUGAAUUUUUCUCUCUUAUCUUGCUUAUAUCACAAGUAUAUAUUGAUGAA